AACCGCGCCCUCUCGUCUUCUGCUUCCGGGUCGGAGCCAUGGCGGUGGCAAAUUCAAGCCCUGUCAAUCCCGUGGUGUUCUUUGAUGUCAGCAUUGGCGGCCAGGAAGUGGGCCGCAUGAAGAUCGAGCUCUUUGCAGACGUUGUGCCUAAGACGGCCGAGAAUUUUAGGCAGUUCUGCACUGGAGAAUUCAGAAAAGAUGGGGUUCCGAUAGGAUACAAAGGGAGCACUUUCCACAGGGUCAUAAAGGAUUUCAUGAUUCAGGGUGGGGAUUUUGUUAACGGUGAUGGUACUGGAGUCGCCAGUAUUUACCGGGGGCCAUUUGCAGAUGAAAAUUUUAAACUUAGACACUCAGCUCCAGGCCUACUUUCCAUGGCCAACAGUGGUCCCAGCACAAAUGGCUGCCAGUUCUUCAUCACCUGCUCUAAGUGUGAUUGGCUGGAUGGGAAGCAUGUAGUGUUUGGGAAAAUCAUUGAUGGACUUCUAGUGAUGAGAAAAAUUGAGAAUGUUCCCACAGGCCCCAACAAUAAGCCCAAGCUGCCAGUGGUGAUCUCACAGUGUGGGGAGAUGUAGUCCAGAGCAAGACUGAAUCAGCAGUGCCACUAGAAAGACCUGGCUGCAGCCCUGGGUGACUUCCUGCUGGGACCAGCCUGAGCAGCCAGGAGACACACCUGUCAUACUUCUCAUCAGAACGGGUGCUGCAGUUCCAGGCCCUGGCUUUGUAUCUGCCAGCCUUGUAAGCGAAUGUGACACACUUCUCAGCCUACGUGGACUCACUUCCUGCCAAUACUUGCCACUGCCUGCUCUGUGCUGGGCAUCAUGUGAGGCAUGGAGACGGGGGCAAAGAAUUGACAGAUGCCUCUACCUUUCAGGAGCUUAUGGGGAAUAUGUCACUUUCUCAGAGGUGAUCGCUAGUACUAUGAGUGCCAUUGUUAACUAUUGUAAGAGUUCAAGGGAGAAACUGAUCCCUUCCAGCUAAGGUGGGGGGGAGGCGUGUUUUGCCCACCUUUCUUUCUUUCCCUUCUUUUUUUUUUUUUUUUUAACCUGCAUAAAAAUUGGAAGAAUAGUACAUUGAUCACCCAUAUACCUUUCACCUAGAUUCACCAGUGAUUAACAUUCUUGUUUUAUCAUUUUACUUUAACAUGUUUUUUUCUUUGCCUUCUUCCCUCUCCUCCCAUUCCCAUCCCCUUUCCUCUUCUCUCCUGCUCUCCUUCCUCCCUUCCUUCCUUCUUUCCUCUCUUCCUUCCUUCCUUCCUCCCUUCCUUCCUUUCAUCCUUUCCCAUUUGAAAGUUGAAGACUUCUUGACACUUUACCCCUAAAUACUUCAGCAAGCAACUCCUAAAAAUAAAAAUAUCCUAUAUAACCACAAUGAUAUUAUCUAACAUACACGUUCAGAUUUCCCCAGUUGUCCACAAAGUAACCAUUACAGCUCUUAAAAUGAUCUAAUCAAGGUCUGCACAUUUCAUUUUGUUGUUUAUUUUUAAUUAUAAAAGUAACAUAAUGUAAUCUGGUGACAAUUUUCACCCAAAACAGUUAAAGUCUCCCCACUUUGACAUUCGCCCCCAAUCCCACACCUCUCCCCAGAGGUAACUUCUUUAUCAGUUUGGUGUACGUCCAUCAGGGCUUCUCAUUUGGGGACGUUUUGUUUUUCCUAAAUGGCAUCAUACUAUAUUAUUCAUCAUUUUUUUUCCACGUGGCAUUAUGUUGAAGACUUUUCCCCCUCUAUCCAUGUAAAACUACCUCAUAUUAAAAAAAACCUGAUACAUGCAAUAAGA